AUUUAUGAAGUAACAAAUAUUAUUUUAACUGAUACAAUCUUUAUUUAAAUGAUUUUUUAUUAAACUAGAAUAAUCAGGACUUGAUUCUAUUUAUAUGUUUGUGAAAUAUAUACAUAUUUGUACAUACAAAGAUUUACGAAAUAUAAACGUAUCGAGCGUUAUUCGUAGUACAAUUUUAUUUAUCUUGCGAUACAUACCUCGUUUCUAAAAAAGUAAUUAUGUCAGGAACUGCUCCGCAUACGGAAAAAGAAUUAGAUUUAAGUAAUGCCGGCCGAGGUGUAUGGCUUGUCAAAGUACCUAAAUACAUAGCAAAUAAAUGGGAAAAAGCACCUGGCAAUAUAGAAGUUGGAAAAUUAAAAAUAACGAAAAACCCUGGUCAAAAGGCAGAAGUAUCUCUCAGAUUAUCUGAAGCUGUAUUAGCAUUAAAAGAGCCAGGAGAGGAAGAAAUUCCAAAACAACAUAGAUUAGAUGUUACAACAGUGACAAAACAAAUGUUGGGUGUAUUUUCUCAUGUUACACCAUCAAGUAGUUCGGAUUCUAUUGUUCCUGAAACUGAGAAACUUUACAUGGAAGGCAGAAUUGUACAAAAAUUGGAAUGUAGACCAUAUGCUGAUAAUUGUUAUAUGAAGUUGAAACUACAGAGUAUUAAGAGAGCUUCUGUGCCACAGAGACAGGUUCAACAAUUAGAUAGGGUAGUUCAAAAUUAUAAGCCUGUUUCUGAUCACAAACAUAAUAUUGAAUAUGCAGAAAAGAAGAAGGCUGAGGGUAAGAAGAUGAGAGAAGAUAAGAACACAGUAUUAGAUAUGUUGUUUGCUGCAUUUGAGAAACACCAGUAUUAUAACAUAAGAGAUCUUGUGAAAAUUACAAGACAACCUAUUGUGUACUUAAAAGAAAUAUUGAAUGAGGUUUGUAAUUAUAAUCUAAAAAAUCCUCAUAGAAACAUGUGGGAGUUAAAACCGGAAUACCGGCAUUAUAAAGAAGAAGAAAAAUCUUCCGAAAAUGCUCAGAAAAAAGAUGAUGAAUCAGACGACGAUUAAUUCAUGCAAUAAAUAUAACAGAUCCCCGAUAAAGAAUUUUCGACGAUGAAAUUUCUCCUUUACCGUUUAUAAUGAUUAAAAUACUAGCUGUACUCCUCGGAAUUAUAUUAUAUGAAGAUCUUCCAGGAGGUAUCUAAAAUGUAUUAUCAUUUUUACAUUAUCAAUAACUAAGUUAUGAAAAACAUUUUAAUAAGAGAACCUACUGUAAUUUUGGCAACCGCAAAAUCUGAUACAGGAGGACGAAAUACUUCGGUACAUUCGUCCUCGCGAGAAGGUUGAAAUUUUUUUGCAGAAAUUGGUUCACAAUUAUAUGUUAACAUUUCAAUUAAUGUUGGCACAUCUUUUAAUUUUUGAGUCAACCCGGAACGCACUACGUUGUCAGAACAUGCCAUACAUUCAAUGCAAUCUGUAAACAUAUUUUUCAAACUUAUAAUAUAGUAUAUUAUACA